AUGUGGUGGAGAUUAGAUACAAUAGGCAUCAUUCCCUACGAACAGUACACCACCUCAGAGCACGCUGCUAUGAAUAAAGUCCAGAGUAGCAUUGUAAGUACCAUUCGAGGGUACCAAGUAAGAUUACCGUUCUGGGGGACAGAAUGCCCAGAUUCAAAUUAUCAUAAUGCAUUCACUCAAUUGAAUGCAUUAGAGACACAAUUUAUGAAAGACCCUGAUUACCGCCGAGACUAUGAGAACGUCCUUCAGAUGUAUCUCGACGCCGGGUUCAUUUCUGAAGUAACUGACUCAAAGAUUGAGGGUUAUUACUCGCCCCACUUUGGGGUCAAGAAGCAGAGUCUCCCGACUCCUUUAAGCAUCAUUUUCAAUGCAUCCUCUAAGCUCAAGGGAGAACUGUCCCUAAAUGAUUACCUUUAUCCAGGUGCAACUUAG